AUGUCAUCCAUACCCCCUCAAGUCAAGAUCCUUGAGUUGUCUCGAGAGGAGUUGGCGUGUAAGAAGCUAAACUCCCACACUUUGCAAGCUGCAGUCGAAGCACUCCAUGUCGAUGGCUUGGUGGUGCUGAAGAAUGCAGUCGAUGUGGCUCAUUUGGACAAGCUGAACGAGCGUAUGGUAGCUGAAGCCAAGGUCUUGUACAAGCAGAAGACGACUGCUCGUAAUUUCGGAGCUUCCACAGGCAAUAUUCAGCAAGAACCGCCAGUCGACAAAGAUUUUAUCUUCGAAGACAUAAUUGCGAACCCUUGGGCUACGGAGGUCGUGGAAUGCAUGAUUGGACCGAAUCCAAUGCUACGUUUCUUCAGCGCGAAUACAGCUUUCAAAGCUAAAGGUCGUCAACCAGUCCAUAUUGACGUCGACUUUGACAUGCCAAAGGUACCUUUCGGUUAUUGUAUCAACAUCAACCUUGUCGAUACAUCGUCAAAGAACGGAUCGACUGAGAUCUGGUUGGGCACCCAUGCUCAGACGAACAUAGACGUCCUUGACCCGGAGGAGUAUCGCGUACGACCCGACCUUGUUGAAGCGAGACGUAAGAUCAGCCCACCAAUACAGCCCACGCUGCCCAAGGGGUCGUUGAUCAUUCGAGACUUCCGACUUUGGCACGCUGGCAUGCCAAAUCAGACAGACGAGCCGCGGGUGAUGGUUGUGACAGUGCAAUUCCCAAAGUGGUACCGAAAUGACACCAAAGUGAUCCUUCCAAGAAGUCUUGAGGGAAUAAUCGACUGGGGAAGUUUGAUGCCAUGCGUUGAAUGGGUAGAAGACGGUUACGAUUACCUGAAGGGAGCACAUACCCAUGACUUCUCUCUCAAGCCUUGA